AAAUAUAUAAACGACUGAGAAAAAAAAUAAAUUAGAAGAAAAGCACACGAAUCCUUGUAGAUCUGCAAACUCUUUGGUUCCUCCAUCCAUCAAUUCAAUCUUCUUUUCCGAGCUCGAAACCGUCCUCGCAGGUUGUGAAUUGAAUGGAAGGAACUGGAGGCAGCAGUGCCUCGCCUGCUGCACCCGUGAACCAAUGGUGGCAGGAAUUUUCAAAGCUAUUUCAAUAUUAUCUGGAUAAAUCUACCCCACACGCUACGUAUAGAUGGAUUGGGACUUGUGUUAUUGGGUCGAUAUAUGUUUUGCGGGUUUUUUAUCUUCAAGGAUUUUACAUUGUGUCUUAUGGACUGGGAAUCUACCUGCUGAAUCUGUUGAUUGGGUUUCUGUCACCUUUGGUUGAUCCUGAGCUGGAGCCUUCUGAUGGACCUUUGCUGCCAACUAAAGGUUCUGAUGAGUUCAAACCGUUCAUUAGGCGACUUCCUGAGUUUAAGUUCUGGUAUUCUUUCACAAAGGCUUUCUGCAUAGCAUUUCUAAUGACUUUCUUUUCUGUAUUUGAUGUUCCUGUCUUCUGGCCAAUAUUACUCUGUUAUUGGGUGGUUCUGUUUGUCCUUACAAUGAGGCGCCAAAUUUCACACAUGAUCAAACACAAAUAUAUUCCAUUCAACUUUGGAAAGCAGAAGUAUAGUGGCAAGAAGUCUUCUGCAAGUAGCAGUCGCACUCGUGCAGACUGAAGCUUGUUGUGCCUUGAUUUGAAGAAUAUAAAUCCGAAAGUUAGGUUUUUGGAGCAUUCAGGGUAGUUGAUUUUUCCCCUUUAUUUGAAGGAAUUUGUAGUCAGAGUAUUAUGGAUAUGCCAAUAUGCAGUUACAGGAAAUCUUUUUGUGUCCACUCAUUUUAUGAUACCAGAAGACAAGCUAAUGCUGACAGUGAACUUCAUUGUUGAUAUACAUCAAUAUUUGGUUCAGUUUUAGAUUUAUCGCAAAUCUAGUCUUGUAUUGCGAUGCGGCGAUCUUUCCCUGCCUGUUACCAUGAUUUGAAGACAAACUUCUGUUCAGGGAAAACUGUUGCCUUUGAAGUUUCUGCCUCUUUACUUGUAUGGAUAUUAGAUGGACUAUUAACACUCACUUUCUGUGUAAUUCUUCUCUAAAAGUAUCUUCUAUUUUUUGGGCCCAUGGCUAAUUCUGUUGCUGCCGCUGCAGUAUUUGAAAGCCAUGUGCUUUGAUGUUGUUUAGGCACAGUCCAUCAGAAAACUGACAUUUUAAUCGCAGCAAGUUGUUGUGUAUACAUUCAUGUUAAAU